CUGGACACAGCAGAGAUGAAGAGGAGGAUCCUUGCUGAAGAUCCGAGCUGGACCCUGGCUUUAGUGCCGAGGUUGUCCAAACUCUGUCUGCUCUCCAUGGUAGAUAACUUUGAAGCUGUUGCAAAUAUGCCCAUCUUUGAAAGACUUAACCCUUCUGAGAAAGCCUUCAUGGAGGAGAGACUGUCCCCGGCCCUGCCUCUGCGCCUGACAGCCACCCUGGUCUCUGACGGGCUCUACUGGAGGCGGUGCUGCGAGCAGAGGUGGAAGCUGUGCGAUGUGUCUCACUACAGCCACAGCUGGAAGCGAAUGUUCUUCGAGAGGCACUUGGAGAACCUGAUUGAGCUGUUCAUUCCUGGACUGACGGAACCCAAAACGGUCCUGGACAUGGUCCCGCUCUGUCGGAACUACGUGAAGAGGCUGGACGUCGCCCAGCUGCUGCUGCCAAUCAAAGAGCCCAAGCAGGAGGAAGAGGAGUUCGAAUCGGAUUCAGAGCCCGAGAAUGAGUUCAGCCCUUCUAAAAUGGCCCACUUUGACUUCAGUAUCCUGCUGGACAAGCUGACGAGCCUGGAGGAGCUCAGCUUGGUGUACAGAGUCAGACAAUGCGGGAUGAACUUUGAAUGGAAGAUGUUUGAGAUGACGGACCAAGACUGCGAGUCCCUGGCCAAGGCUCUGAAGUCCUGUCAGACUCUGAAGGUCCUGAGGCUCCGCUUCAGCCAGGUUGAGGAUAAAAAGUGCCGGGUGCUGGUGAAGUCCCUCCUGGACCACCCGUCUCUGAGCCAGCUGGAUUUUUCCUACAACCGGGUUGCGGACAGAGGAGCCAGAGCCGUCGGCAAACUCCUCAACAGGAGCAAACUGCAGAUCCUCGACAUGUCUGACAACAAAAUCAGCAGCCAUGGAGCCCAAGCCAUCGCUCACGCCCUGUCCAAAAACUCCACUCUUCUGUCUCUCAACCUGCGUCUCAACCCCCUGAUGGAUGAGGGCGGUCAGGCCAUCGGCAAGGCACUGAUGAGCAAUCGAACCCUCCGUCGCCUGCACCUGGGAGGCACUGGUGUCACCUGGCGCACUGCCGCUUCCCUCGCCAAGGUGCUGCCACAGAAUGACACGCUGAGGAGCCUCGUUCUCUCCUGUAACAUCCUGGGAGACGUUGGAGGCAAGGCUCUGGAGGAGGGUGUGUCGGAAAACACCAGCUUGACAGAACUUGACCUCAGCCUGACAGAAGCAGACAAGCGGAGUCUCUCCUUCAUCGGCAAGAUGGUUCGCAGAAACCAGGGUUCAGAGAACAAGAAAAGGCUCGAGGAAGGAAAAGAGUAG